AUGAUGAUCGAAACAUUAAUUUCUAUGGCGCGUUAUUUAUCAGCGCAUAAAGACGAUGAUUUUGCCGACAGAAUGAAUUAUUUAUAUACUCCAAAUAUGUUGUUAGCCUUUUCUGUUUUAAUUUCUUUUAAACAAUUUGGGGGAAGACCGUUGGAGUGUAUGUUUCCAAAUAAAUUUCCUGGAAGUUGGGAACAGUAUGCAGAAAAUUUUUGUUGGUCAGAAGAUACCUAUUAUUUACCUCCAGAAGUACAUGUUGCACAAAUUAAAGAAUCUGAAAGAUAUUCUGAAGAAAGAAAACUUUCCUAUUAUCAAUGGGUUCCCUUCUUUUUACUUUUACAAGCUGCUUGUUUUAGAUUACCGAGUAUUUUAUGGAAGGCUGCAAGUCUUAGUUCAGGUGUCCGUGUUCACGAUAUCGUAGUUAAAGCUCUAGAUUCACAAAAUAUGGAAGAUGAAUGCCGUCACAGAACAAUAAUUAUGUUAGCCAAUCAUUUGGCUAGAGCUUUGCGUUUUCAAAAUCAAAUAUUAAAUAGGCAUUUAUUUAUACACAAAACUAUGUAA